AUGAACGUAUUUCAUAUUAACGGCAUUUCAAUCCUUUUGCUAUUGUUUUUCGACCGACUGUCCGUCGGGAAAGCUUCCAGCGUGAUCAUCCAAGCUGGAGAGUUGAAGUACAAUCACAAGUAUUUCGAAAACUUCAAUAUGAGCAUCAUCAAUAAUACGGUCAAUUUGGACAUGAUAAUCAGAAAGCCUUUAACGCGUGGGUUCAAAUCCCAUAUCGACUUCUCCAUCAGCCUGGGCAAAUCGAAGCACUACCAAAGCGUCUUUGCCCAUAUAAUAGACGUCUGUGGAGUUGUGACAGCAAUUAAGAGCAAUAUAUUCAAGAGCUGGUUCCAGAGCAUGUUGGAGAAUGGCAACUUCAUGUACAACUGCCCAGUGCCCGAGGGCCAUUACUUUCUGCGAAACUGGAAGCUAGAUUCAAGCCUGGUGCCUCAGUAUUUAUAUGCAGGCGACUAUCGUAUCAGCUGUCACUUGUUCUUCGGAAAACUAAAGACAAAGCACGAGGACUUUGUGGUGGACCUCAUAUUCUUUGCACUGCUGAAAUAA